GAAGAUGUAGACUAUAUCAUGCCAGCACCAACAUCAUCUCACCGGUCCGCGAGCCAAGCCACCGAAAUCGAUAUAGCCACCAAUGAAGCUCUCCUCCAGCACGCCGAAGCCUCGCGGCUCGCAAAGUCAUGGCUAAACGGUGCGUUUGGUGACAAUUCCACUUCGAACGCCAGGGAGGACGAGCAAGAGGAGUUCGAGGCGAACCUUGCGAAGAAUGCAGCUCUCUAUUCCGAAAACGGCGGUAUAGGCUACACGCAACCCACAGACUCAAGUUCAACUACACACUCUUCUCGUGCCUCAGACCCGACAACCGCAUUUCUACGCAAGCAAUUACUCGGCCGUGGUAGCCAACGCGGCAACCCGCAUCAUCACCACGCGACUGCGAAAUCCCGACCAGGGGCAGCCUCAUCGGCACAUAGACGUCGCGACAGCGAGGACGAGGAAGAAGGUCGUUCCGGCCUCGGUAAAAGCAAAGCAGGCCAAAUCAAAAACACUUCGGGCACACCAAACAUGUCCCGCACGCACCCAGGCGAUACCAGUGUCGGAACGACGAAUGCAGCAAGUAACAAGUCCGUCGAGCAUACAGCGUCAGGUCAGGGAUCUCAUGCCCCCAAGUCCAUCAAGAAGCGUGGCUCCAGCUAUCUCGACGAGAUCCUAGCCUCUCGAGCGGCGAAGAAGAAAAAGAAAUCCGGCAAGGCCAAUGAUGGAUGACCGUCUGCAGCUUUUGUCGACACAUAUAUCUGAGACGGCCCUUGAAGCGGUAAGAAGCGAAAAGCACCUCAGCGACCCCAUCGAUUGACAGAUAGCCCAUACAUCGGCGUCAAUGGACUUGAUCCGAAAGCCGCCAAUCAGCCAAAAGCGGCACCUUCGACGCCCCAUAUAUCGUAUCCUCGCCGGUCGCCAUGCGAUAAGCUCUUGUCCUGCUAGUGGCAAAAGUCAAACAAGAAAUCGAACUUCGGCGAGGUCGGGGUUGGGAAGCGUGUCCCCGUUUUUGCGAGGGGAUUUCACCAUGUCCGCGAGCUCUGAGCACUGAAAAAGGAGAGACCUCUUCAAACGGACAUUCCCGGUCCGACAGGUCAAGCGCCCGCACAUAUAGGUACGACAUAAUGAGCCACUAUCUGUCCGCAAAAAAAGCAAGAAAGCGAGAUCCAGAAGGCCCAGACACCAAUGUCCAGUCUACGGCAGUCCUUUCUCCGCGAGGACCGAGGCGUAUUAUGAUCUGGUGGAUCUUGGUUCAUAAAGAAACGCGCAGUAGCAUUGGUUGGUCUCAGCCUCAGCUUGCGUAUGAGGGCUUGCGAUCUUCGAGACCGAUGUACGGGACUGGUAGAUGUAGUCACGUGAUCACGUGUGCAACCCAUCUGGAUAUCAUAAGAGGCAUAUGAAGGACCGAGCAGCAGGAUGGGGUGCAAGUGACGAGUGCAAAGCAACCCGACGGCAAAUCGAAGUAUGAACAUGAACAUUUGCAUUUGCAUUUUGCAUUUUUCGCCUGCCCUUCACCUCUAACCAGCAGUACAAACCCAUCAUCAUCAUCACC